CCCCUGCGUGUUGGUCUGAAUAGCACAAUUCAUUGGUGACUCUAUACCAACCGAUCUGUUUGCUUCGAAACACUUGAUUAUAUAAACCCAUUUGCCCACCACCUUACCACUUUUCAUAAUCAACCACCACAUUACUGCAGUAUCUCCUUCAACCAAGCCUUCCAUCUUUUGGCAUAUAUCUCCUGUCUUUACCGAUACACAAAAAAUGCCCGGAUACGGCGCCGGCGGUUUUCGCAACACCGGCAAGGGCAAAAGCAAGGCCAUAGAGCCUGAGGACUUAGACGAUCCCUACAGGGUAAGCAUAUCUUCGUCUCAUUGCGAAAUUAACAGCGAGAAUACCCACUUACGCAAAACCCCAGCCUAUCCUCCACCAACUCCAGUACCGAUCGCACGUACACGAUCUCAAGGUCUACCACUAUACCGCAAUCCCAUUCAACCUGCGGGCCCUGGCGGAGUAUUUCACGACUGCAGGUAUAGGAUUCAGCGCGAGACUAGAAUCCCCACCCAUGCUGAUCCAGCAAGUUGCCAAAGGAGAUAA